UCCGAAAUUUAACGACAUUUCCAUUGUCGGUUGUUUUAUGCUCCAAACAGUCAUGGCAGCUCCCGGAAAGCCGACUAAAAAGGAAAUCAAAAAGCAGACUCCAGCCAAGACCUCCUUCACCUCACCCUUUGCCUCAAAAUGGAGCCCGCUCCCCCAAGAGGACAUGCACUUCAUCCUGAAAACUCUGAAGGAUAAGUUGAUCUCAAUGGGUCUGGAGAAAAAAGAAGUGAAAGUGUUUCGCCCAUGGAGGAAAAAGAAAGGCAAAAAACCUGAUGUCGCACCACAACCUGUUCCCCAGGUGAGCGAUUCCUCCAAAAACGGCUGGACAGAUGUGGCAGCCAGACGGCAGCUGGCCAUCGGCAUCAACGAGGUGACCAAGGCUCUGGAGAGAAACGAACUCAGACUGCUGCUCGUGUGCAAGUCUGUCAAACCGAAACACACGACUAAUCACCUGAUCGCUCUGAGCACCACCAGAGGAGUGCCGGCCUGCCAGGUACCUCGCCUGAGCCAGAGUGUGUCGGAGCCACUGGGGCUGAAAAGCGUGCUCGCCCUGGGGUUCAGACGGUGCUCCUCCAGUGACGAUGGGGUGUUUACCGACACUGUCGAUGCCAUUAAGCCCAGAGUGCCUACAUUGGACAUGGCAUGGCUGCAAGGUGCUAAGCCUGAAGAACCUGUUGCCAUGGAGGAGGAGGAAGGUGGUGAAAGAAGGGGACAAAAAAGGAAACUGGAAAGUGAAUCUGAGGAGGUGUCAGAGUCUCCCUCCUGCACUCUGCAGCCGCUCCAGGUGAAGAGAAUUGUUGCUAACCCUGCAAAGAAAAAGAAAGGGAAGCCAAAGAAAAAGCUGUAAAGUGAAAGAGAAACUUUAAAGACUGUUUAGCUCAGGAGUUUCCAGUGUUGUUUAUUUUUUGGUUUUUGAACAGUGCUUGCAGCCUCAGUCUGGACAUUACUUAUGUGAAUAGUUUAUAUAAAGAAUUUCUGGAAGCGUAAAGAGAAAAAAAGGUUUUUGGGAACAAGGUUUAGACUUUUCUGCCAAGUAUUUUUUAUCUGGGGAACCCUCAGACCUUCAGGUUUGCAUUCAUUGUUUCAGCAGAUUAGUAGCAUUGCAUUUGGUUUCAUGCAUAUUUAUACAAUUGAAUAUGGUCUGACUGAAGUUUGAAUUUCAAUUUGUCCACAAUUAAAGCUGGU